UAUCUAGUGUGUUGCUGCCCACAGAGCUAGCUCACGUUAGCAGCGCUUGCUCGCUAUCUGUGCUCGUGCCCCCCCCCCCCUCCCUCUGCUGCGGCGAGCCUGUCAGCGUGCACUCCCCCCUUUAUGUGCGCUCCCGUCUUAUUAUGGGAAUUAAACCCGUCCAGGCUGAAGUUAUCGAUUCUUCUAUUUUGACCAACAUCUGGUCAUUUACCGUCCGACCAUUUCAAGGUAGGUAGAAUACAUGUUUUAUAUAUUUCUCUGUUUAAUUUGAGCGCUGUUGUUCAUAUUCAUCACAGUCCGAUCAAUGGAGUACGUGGUUCAUUUUUCGCAUGCAGACAUAUCCACGCGUCACAACAAUACAGUGCAGGUUUCCCACUCAGACAACGCGCAGUGAACCUGCACAUGAACGUGUAUUUUAAUAUUGCUUGAUGCUAAUUGUGCAACGUUUGUAAAGGCAAUGGCCGCUAGUCCGCAUUGUGUUCUAUUCUUAUUUCUAAUCUAGGUCGGUUUAUUAUGGGGCGCUAUGACCGCUUACCGUCCAUCGUUGUUAUUAAACAGGACACAAUGUUCCAUGUAUCUCUUUGUGCGCCCCAUCUCUUUAUUGGUCUCAAUAUCUGAGGAUAAGCAGUUUUUGAUGAGUUGAUUUUCCACAUUUUUAUUUAUACGCUAUUUAUAGGCAGUGUAUUUCAUGUCAGGUAUUCGUGGUAUUAUUUUCAUCAGUAUCUAUAUCGUGAUUAUUGUUAUGAUAGAUUCCUAUGUAGUCCCAGCUUGUUAUAUGAUCCUGCCGUUUGCAGUAGCCUACUGGGAGCAUAUUGAUUAGAGGUCACCAGAAGGCUUUAUACCAGGUUAUGUUGUUUACAGUAUGAUGACGCUUCUGCCCCAACAGGGCUUUGACCAGGAAUUGAUUUUGUCCAAAUUACAUGAUCACCGUAACAGCACUUCUCUUGUUACACUGUUUUUUUCCCCCAUGGAGCCCAUUACCAUGUUACUCACUUCAGGCCUGUCACUCUAUUAAACCUUUUUGUUAUAACAACACAUUUAUUAUUCACAUCCAGCUGCUGGAGUAUAUUGCUGUCAGCCACACAGGCAUUCAUAAAUAAGGGUUUGCAGAUGAAAUUCAAGUCAGUUCACUCAAGUAGAUUUUAUCGAUUAGUCUAUUGACAAAAAAUUGAAUUGCAGCCAUUUUGAUAAUCCAUUAACUGUGAUUUUCUUUCGAGAAACUAACCAAACAUUACAGUUCCAUUUUCUCAACUUGAUGAUUUGCUGGGUUUUCUUUCUCUUAUGUGAUAGUAAACUAAAUAUACUUGAGUUAUUCAGACAAAACAGGCAAUAUUUACACAGCAACUCGGGUUUUAGGAAAAUGAGAUUAGUCAAGAGAAUUAAAUUGAGAGCCCUCAAUUGAAGGUUAUUUUCCUUAAUUUCAAAGACUAAUUUAGUCUUAGAAAUCAGCUAAUGUAACGAAAGCUGUCAGGAAAUAGGUUAGAAAUGCUCUUAUCAGACCAGAUAUCUGAUACCUAAUAACUAAUCCAUGCAGUGUUUUGAAGGCAUACCAGCACACACAAACACAAUCUGUAAUUCUUGUUACUUAAUUCUCCACUGUAAACCGAUGACCCUAUAAUCCUCCAGCAGCCCCGUGUUGACGGUGUUGGCUGCGGAGUCCCUUGUUGUGGUCGCAUGUAAGAAAGUGUAAACGCAUGCAGAUGCAAGCUUUCCGUUCAUGAGAGACAGAGCCUGUGUCACCGGGUGAAGGGCGUGAGGUGCUCUGAUGAUGUAAUUCUUUGUGGUCUAAACAAAACAUUUCCUGUCUCCCAUUGUAUAAACCGAAGAGCCGUCUUUAUAUUGGUCUACUCCAGGCUCUGGCCACAGGUGACGUGAUGCAGCGAGUUAAUGAAUAACCUGGAUGGUAUUACAUCAGCGCUGGUUGCCCUCCAGUUGCUCUCUUUGUGUUUGCUUCUCUCACCGAUGUCUGAUAUGGCAAUCAAUCCACAAUAUGGCAUUAUUGAGCUAUCGUCACGCUUCGCUCAUUGUUUUGUUUUGUUUGUCUUCGGACAUUUUGCACUUGUUUGCAAGUGUCUCCGUUUUAUGGAGAUAAAGUUACUUCCCCAAUUUUUUUUGUUGUAUUGACCCAUUACAAAGAGGCUUCCUUCAUUAUCACUCUUUUGUUAUCAGAGAGUAACAGUGAAGUCUGUUGAUAUUGAAACAAAGUAAAUAAGAAAAAGUAUCGCACCUGUUUAGUACAGCAGCUUAGACAUGAGAAUGGCAAUGCUAAACUUGCCUCAUACAUUUAUUUGUAGUACGGGUUGAUACAUGUGUAAGCUUCUUUUGCUUUUAAUGAUGCACAACUGGAAGUUCCAUUGCCUCUGAGUCACCGUAGGUAAAUUCACAUAUUCAAAUUCCCCAACAGCGUAAAAACUAAAAAAUCCUUCAAAAUGAACCCGUUGAUCGGGUUCUUCUGCCUUCAGCCGAGCCGAGGUGUGGCUGCAUCACUUCAUCUUCAAGAUGCACACAACCUUGUCCACCUAAAGUCUUCGGACUUUGUGCACUUGUUUGCAAGUGGACUUCAUUUUUUUGGAAAAGCACUCGUAUGUUGUUGUUUCUUUAGCCAGUUCAUACAGCUCGAGUUGUGAGAAUUUACAUAAGUGUGUGUGCAGCAUUGUCAGUUUUAGCUCCCCCCCCUUGCAUCCUGAUCCACCAUCAGCACCAGUAGCAUCCCAUCAUCAUCAUCACCACCACCCUCCCCGUGCCCCCAUGCUCACCAACCGGGGCUGUUUCUAUGGCAACAACAGAAUCUGCUCCGGGCCUGUACACGCUGUCUCCAUCUCUCUGCCUUCUCUCCUCUCGGCUUGUUUUCCUUCUGUUCAGCCAGAGCCUCACAGCAAGCUCCUGGCUGCUGCCUAUUUUAGUGCGAAGGGCUUGUUUGUUCUUUUCCUGAUUGGGGGGGGGGAGAAAGAAAGAUGGCUUUGCAUAAGGGGGUCAUGGUUGUGGUCGUUAUGCUGAGUAAGCAUACUGAGGUUUGCGCUCCCUCUUUGUAACAUUUCUAUUUCCCCUCCCUUUCCAUAUUCAAAUUCCCGUCUCCACCUUUCUCUCUGUUUCCUUCACUCCCUCCUCUUAUCCCCGCUCUUUAUUCCCCAUCUUGGGCCCACUGAGAGCGUCCUAGCGGCGUCGAGGAUGCAGAGCACCAGUCUCUCUCUCCCUCUCACUAUACCGCCGCACAUGUAAACCUGCGCACUCCGCCCCUCCCCGUCCCCCUGUUCACUGCACAAGAGCAAGAAAGGAGAGUGAUCGAGGAGGAAGGAGGGAUUCAGAGAGAGAGAAAAGUGAGAGAGGCUGGGGGCGGGUGGUGGGGAGAGCAGUCGCCAUUAGACAUAUGCAGCGUCAGAUGUUGUGCUCAGCAGCGGCGGGGGGGGGGAAACAGAAUAGAGAGAGAGAAAGAUUCACACCCCUGGAAGCUGUGUUGUUAGCUGCCUCGGCUAAAAGGGCUCCGCGCCAUAAAAGGCACCAUGGAUCUCUCAGCACCUGCUUCGGUGGUAGCCUUCCUCCACUGACCUCCUCCUCCUCCUCCACCACUUCCUCUCCCAUCCACCCCUCUACCUCCACGCCCCAUCCCUUACUCCCCACCCCCACCCGUGUCUGUGACCGCUCGGCCCCUCCUACAUCAUGGCGGGCGAGAAAGGGCCGACUAAGCGAAGCGCUAUGGACAUCAAGCGCCUGGCGAGCCUCAUCCAGAGAGGAACGGGCCGUUUGCUGGUGAUCGACAGCAGAACCUUUUCCGAGUACAAUGCGUCGCACGUGCAAGGCGCGGUCAACGUCUGCUGCUCCAAGCUGGUGAAAAGGCGACUGCAGCAGGACAAGGUGUCCGUCACUGAGCUGCUGCAACCCAAUGGCAAGGUGAAGGUGGAGCUGGGCAGGAAGCAGGAAGUGGUGGUUUAUGACCAGAGUUCCAAAGAGGCGGGGCAUCUGUCCAAAGACGGCUUUGUGCACAUUCUCAUGGGGAAGUUGGAGGGCACCUUCCACAAAGUCUUCCUGCUCACUGGAGGUUUCGCUGCUUUCUCCUCCUGUUUUCCUGGCCUGUGUGAAGGGAAACCUGCCACUGCUCUACCUAUGAGCUUGUCCCAGCCCUGCUUGCCUGUGGCUAAUGUAGGGCCCACUCGCAUCCUGCCACACCUCUACCUGGGCUCACAGAAGGACGUCCUCAACAAGGAUCUGAUGGCUCAGAAUGGUAUUACCUAUGUGCUGAAUGCCAGCAACACCUGCCCCAAGCCAGACUUCAUCAGCGAGAGCCACUUCAUGCGCAUCCCAGUCAACGACAACUACUGCGAGAAGUUGCUUCCCUGGCUGGAAAAAACGAAUGAAUUCAUAGAUAAAGCUAAGGUGUCAAACUGCAGAGUCAUUGUGCACUGCCUGGCUGGAAUCUCGCGUUCAGCAACCAUCGCCAUUGCAUACAUCAUGAAGACAAUGGGCUUGUCAUCAGAUGAUGCCUACAGGUUUGUAAAGGACCGAAGACCGUCCAUAUCCCCCAACUUCAACUUCCUGGGUCAGCUUCUGGAGUUUGAGAAGGGCCUGCAAUUACUGCAAGCUUUGACUUCCACCUCUGAUGACAAGAUAUCCGAAAUCAACACCAAGCAAAGCUCAGAGGUUAAUCGAGGUUUCGAGAUGAACGGUCACCACAGCAACUAUGACUCAUCUGUGGCAGAUGCACACAUCCCACCAGAACCCAAGUUGCCAUCACCCACCUCCCUCCAGCAAGGCUUCAACGGCCUAAACCUCUCCGCAGAAAGGAUCAUGGACACUAACCGGCUUAAACGCUCCUUCUCCCUUGACAUUAAGUCGGUCUACUCCCCAAACAGUCCCAGCCUCUGCCCCAGUCAGGCACCCACACACUCUGAAGACGUCCCAAAGCUCUGCAAGCUUGACAGCCCAGGGACCGGCUCCUCCAACGGUGUCUGCUCUCAGUCUCCCGUCCUUGACAGCCCCUGCUCCGCUGACUCACCGUUCCCCUCACCAGGCAGCGGGGGCAGCAUUGGAGGUUUGGGGCUCCGAGGAAGUGAAGGAGUCCAUCGCACCGGUUCUUCCUCGUCCAGACCCAGGAGGAAACCCAAGCAUUGCUCCGGCAGUUCCCCAGUCCACUUCCAACCCCACCAACCUCCACAGUCCCUCAGCUUGUCGCUGGACCCCAAGAGCCCCAGCCUGGACGAGAACCUAAAGGGAUCCCUGCUCCUUUCACUACCCUCCCUGCCCAGCGUGGAGUCUGGGACCAUGUGGACCAAACACAGAGACACUGUCCAGGCCACAACUCCCGUCACUCCCGUCACUCCCCCCACAGAUGCCCCCUGGCACUUUGGGGCAGUGGAGGGCGGUGAGGGAGAGAUGGAGCUGGGAGGAGGAGGGGAUGGACGGGGAGAGGAGUCGUCGGUGAGGUUUGGGAGCAGCUCGGCAUAUGUGGCGUUUGGGUGUAGCGAAGGUGUGCGGUUACGAGACAAAUCCCAGAGGGAGAAGUCCUCAGCGCCACUGACACAGAGAGACCACCGAGACUCCAUGUCAUCCACAGUGACCCUGUCCAACAGUGCGAACAACAGCGGGCCUGCGUCAGAAAAGCAGUUCAAGCGGCGCAGCUGCCAGAUGGAGUUCGAGGAGGGCAUCUCCGAGACGCGAUCCCGAGAAGAACUGGGGAAGAUUGGGAAGCAGUCAAGCUUCUCCGGGAGCAUGGAGAUCAUCGAGGUAUCCUGACAGAUAAUGGACCUGAUUGGGGCGGUCCCUUGGGGGCAAAAAUGGACCUGGUUAGAGGGAGGGCAAGAGGAGGACAUAUGACGAAGUAGAAGAGGCUUUUAUUUUGCUCCCCUCACAGACAGUGUUAAAGACUCCAACUGAGAGAAGGACAAAUAGAUACACAAGCAGAGAGGUAAUGUGAAAAGGUAAGAAAGCGAACUAGCAUUCGCACCUGGAGAGACAGAGCCUGUGAUGUGGUGCUUUACCAUCCUGAACUCUCAUGCAAAUCUGAAUAAAAGUCUGGGGGAGGGUGGGGGUAAAAGGGGGGGGGGGGGGGGACUGUCGGUACUGAAACUCUUAAUUUUCUGAGCUCUGUCGCAGAUUUAAAAAAAAAAAAGAAACGACCCAGGACAAGUGUCAUGUUGCAUCCUCACUAUAUAGAAUAUCCUUAUUUUGACAGAGUUCGGACACAAACUGCUUGCCUGCGGUCAAAUGUAUUGUUCUUCAAUGGGUGUAUAGCUUGUGAUUUGAACCAAGCCCCAUGUUUCCUCCCAAAGCUUCACCCCAGUGUCAGAAAGCCUCAGAACCUCGCACGGCUACAUCCCCCCCCCCCCCCCCCCCUCCCAGUGGCUCUGCCCGCCACAGACUCUGCAUAGCAACAUCAGACAACAAUAACAGACUCCUUAACAGCACCGUCUCCUCACAUCACCACAGCACAAGGCAGAGAGAUCCCAAGGACUUCAUCUAACGGCGGUACUGUAUCCAAACAAUGAAGCAUCCUCAGCAUGUUGUUGCUGAAAAGACUUUUGAAGAUUCGCAGUGAUGGGCAGUGUUCCCCCUUAAAGCACAGGGUGUCUUUCCUGACUUUGGUUCCCUUGUUUCCAGUGUUAACAGCGCGAUGGGACUGAGGUUUCGGGAGGGUGGCGAGGGUUUCGCUUUAACGGACAUUCAGCUCCUUUAUAGACACCCCCACUGCUCCCAGUCACCAUCUAUGGUCACCACUGAGCAUGCACCAGAAAGGCUGACUACAGACAGACAAAUACUAUAUAUACAAUAUGAAUAUAUAUAGCAAUUUUAAUGGACUUCAAAUGGACUUUGUUCAGUUAUAGUUUUAAUUUAUUGUAUUGGUUCAUUCUGGCAAUGAGAAAUAAUAUAAUGUUUUGUGGAUUUCUUUCUUUUUUUUCUUGUUGAAUUAUUAUUAUUUGCUGUAUGGUAUUUAUGAACACACACUCAAACAAAUACAUACAUUCAACAAAAUCAAGCAAGCAAUACGUGCUGUUCCUUCUUUGGGGAGAGUGAUGUUUGACUUUGAAAUGCACUUUUCUGCUUUCUGAUAACCAAGUUCAGUUACCCAUCACUCCCAUGGCAGCAAGAUACUCCGGAAGCACAGGCUUGAGUAUCGAAGGUGCAAAUAUAGACUUCUGUUUUAUAUUUGGAGGAUGGUACAGACAUCCCACUGGAACCGGAUCUCUGUAGUGCGUAAUCACGGAUUCAUCACAAUCCAGGGCUCCAGCGUUAACUAAAAACAUUGUUUUGUUGUGCAGAGGAACAAAGUAGCCGCACACUCUCUGGUCGCUCAUACACAGUAAAACAUGUCCUGCCAGUGUCAUGAUUUCUUGCAUAUGCAAACAAAUGCGCGCUCUUUCACAAGAUUAACAGACUGAGUGUCCUCCCCGAGCCAGCACCAGUUCUUCAUCCAACACACACACACACACACCCUAUUCUGUAUGCAGUUACACAUAUUUUCACACAUGCAAAGCAUAGGAGGCCCUACACACCCUUUUGUUCAUUCUCAGGGGAUCUUUCAGUGAGCCAAGCCCAGCACAGGGUACACACAUCAGCACAAUGCAUGUCCGUAAGGCUCCCUCUCUUUCUGUCUUUUUUUGCUCUUAUUUCUCACUUUCCAAAGCUUUGAUUAAAAACAACGUGACAAAACGGAAAGAAAAAAAAAAGCGGAUCUUCAUACCUUGAAGUGUAAGAAAUGAAAAUGUUGCUCUCCUGGUGCGAGAUAGGUAUUUAUUUAUAAUGUAAAAUGUGUUUAUUUUCCCGUUUAUCCUUGAUUAGCUUCUCUCUCUGGUGAUCUCUGACCUUUGACUUUGGGCUGCUGCAGCUACAGUAAGUUCAGAUAGA